AUGGCGAUGAACGCAAGAUCUGCCUCUCAGGCAUUUAGAGCACUUAGACCUGCGACUGUUCGAACAACUAUCAUCCCUUCCUACAGAAACUAUGCCACCUCCUCCGAACCAGAUCUUAAAACUACCUUCAAGGAAUGCAUUCCUGCCAAGCGGGAGCUUCUUAAGAAAGUUAAAUCAAUGGGGGACAAAGUUAUUGGUGAAGUAAAGGUAGAAAACACAAUUGGUGGCAUGAGAGGAUUAAAAGCCAUGGUAUGGGAAGGUUCUGUUCUUGAUGCCAACGAGGGCAUUCGUUUCCAUGGACGUACAAUCAAAGAUUGCCAGAAAGAGCUUCCUAAAGGGACGAGCGGUACAGAAAUGUUGCCAGAAGCAAUGUUCUGGCUUCUCUUGACAGGGCAGGUUCCCUCAACAAAUCAAGUCAGAAAGUUCUCGCGGGAGCUCGCGGAGCGAUCAGCUCUUCCAGACUUCGUAAACAAAAUGCUUGACAGCUUCCCAACAGACCUCCACCCAAUGACUCAAUUCGCUAUUGCUGUAUCCGCACUAUCUCACACAUCCAAGUUCGCUGAAGCAUACGCAAAGGGUGUCAACAAGGCAGAUUACUGGGAACCAACCUUCGACGACAGCAUCUCUCUCCUCGCUAAGCUCCCGACAAUCGCAGCGAAGAUAUAUCAAAACUCAUACCAAGGUGGUGGUGCUCUGCCAGCAUCCGUAGACCUAGAACAAGAUUGGUCUUACAAUUUCGCCGCCAUGCUAGGCAAAGGAGGAAAGGAAAACGAGAACUUCCAGGAUUUGCUAAGAUUAUACCUCGCCUUGCACGGUGAUCACGAAGGAGGAAAUGUCUCUGCUCACGCUACACACUUGGUCGGUAGCGCGUUGAGCGACCCUUUCCUGUCCUACUCAGCAGGGUUACAAGGUCUUGCAGGUCCACUUCACGGCCUUGCCGCCCAAGAGGUUCUCCGCUGGAUUUUGCAAAUGCAAGAACACGUCGGCACCGACUUCACAUCCAAGGACGUUUCCGACUACCUAUGGUCGACCCUCAAAUCUGGCCGUGUAGUUCCAGGUUACGGUCAUGCCGUACUACGAAAGCCAGAUCCUCGUUUCGAGGCACUUAUGGACUACGCUUCUUCGCGACCGGAGAUUGCAAAAGAUCCUGUCUUCCAGCUCGUGAAGAAGAACUCCGAGAUUGCCCCUGAAGUGCUCAAAGAACACGGCAAGACAAAGAAUCCUUACCCAAAUGUCGAUUCUAGUUCCGGUGUGUUGUUCCACCAUUACGGGUUCCACGAGACGCUUUAUUACACCGCUACAUUCGGUGUGAGCAGAGGUCUUGGACCAUUGGCCCAGUUGAUCUGGGAUCGUGCAUUGGGAUUGCCUAUUGAGAGACCUAAGAGCAUCAAUUUGCAAGGUCUUGUGGAACUUGCCGAGAAGGCUUAA